GCGGAGACUCCGCGCCUGGCGAUGGGAAGCGGCGCGGCCGCGGACCGGGGCUGGAGCAAAGUUUCCCAGGCGCGCGGAUUUCGGCGCGCGGCUGCAGGCCACCCCUGACCGCUCAGAGAAGGGCUCGGGGAUUUUCAAUUUGCAGGAAAAAAAUUCAGCUCGUUUCCUUUGUCAAGCUUUCUCUCCGGGUGGCCAGCGGCGGGAGCUCCAAACUUGGACCAGGCGGCGCCACAGCCCGCCGACCCGGCUCGAGAACCCGGGGACUCAGGUGCUCGGGCGCCCGGCCGCCCCGGGCACGCUAGGGGGUGUGAGCGCGGGGGAGCCCAGGGCGCGCAGCGAGGAGGGGCCCCGGGAGCUCUAUAUGGAGGAGGGAGCCCAGGAUGGUGUGCACCAGGAAGACCAAAACUUUAGUGUCCACUUGUGUGAUCCUGAGCGGCAUGACCAACAUCAUAUGCCUGCUCUACGUGGGCUGGGUCACCAACUACAUCGCCAGCGUGUAUGUGCGGGGGCAGGAGCCAGCGCCCGACAAGAAGCUGGAAGAAGACAAAGGAGAUACCCUGAAGAUUAUUGAGCGGCUGGACCACCUGGAGAAUGUCAUCAAGCAGCAUAUCCAAGAGGCUCCUGCCAAGCCUGAGGAGGCAGAGACUGAGCCCUUCACAGACUCUUCUCUGUUUGCGCACUGGGGCCAGGAGCUCAGCCCCGAAGGCCGGCGCGUGGCCCUGAAGCAGUUCCAGUACUAUGGCUACAACGCCUACCUCAGUGACCGCCUGCCCCUCGACCGGCCCCUGCCUGACCUCAGACCCAGUGGGUGCCGCAACCUCUCGUUUCCCGACAGCCUGCCGGAGGUGAGCAUCGUGUUCAUCUUUGUCAACGAAGCACUCUCGGUGCUGCUGCGCUCCAUCCACUCAGCCAUCGAGCGCACGCCUCCACACCUGCUCAAGGAGAUCAUCCUGGUGGACGACAACAGCAGUAACGAGGAACUGAAGGAGAAGCUGACAGAGUAUGUGGACAAGGUGAACGGCCAGAAGCCUGGUUUCAUCAAAGUCGUGCGCCACAGCAAGCAGGAAGGCCUGAUCCGCUCCAGGGUCAGUGGCUGGAGAGCUGCCACUGCCCCCGUGGUGGCACUCUUUGAUGCCCAUGUGGAGUUCAAUGUGGGCUGGGCUGAGCCUGUCCUCACCCGCAUCAAGGAGAACCGGAAGCGGAUUAUCUCACCAUCCUUUGACAACAUCAAAUAUGACAACUUUGAGAUAGAAGAGUACCCUCUGGCUGCCCAAGGCUUUGACUGGGAGCUGUGGUGCCGCUACCUCAACCCCCCCAAGGCCUGGUGGAAGCUUGAGAACUCCACUGCCCCGAUCAGGAGCCCUGCACUCAUUGGCUGCUUCAUUGUGGACCGGCAGUAUUUCCAGGAGAUCGGCUUACUGGACGAAGGCAUGGAGGUCUACGGAGGCGAGAAUGUCGAACUUGGGAUCAGGGUCUGGCAGUGUGGCGGGAGUGUGGAGGUCCUGCCCUGCUCAAGGAUCGCCCACAUCGAGCGAGCCCACAAGCCCUACACCGAGGACCUCACUGUGCAUGUCCGCAGGAACGCCCUUCGCGUGGCCGAAGUCUGGAUGGAUGAAUUUAAAAGCCAUGUUUACAUGGCAUGGAACAUACCCCAAGAGGACCCAGGCAUCGACAUUGGGGACAUCUCCGCAAGGAAGGCUCUGAGAAAACAGCUGCAGUGCAAGACCUUCCGGUGGUACUUGGUCAGCGUGUACCCGGAGAUGAGGAUGUACUCGGACAUCAUCGCCUAUGGGGUGCUGCAGAACUCUCUGAAGACUGAUUUAUGUCUUGAUCAGGGUCCAGACACCGAGAAUGUUCCUAUCGUCUACAUCUGCCAUGGGAUGACACCCCAGAUGGCUGGCUUCUCCCCGUGUCCUCACGUGGCAGGAAACGAGAAAAUGAGCCAGCUCACUGGCAUCUCUUCUUAAAAGAACACUGAUAAUAUCAAUCAGGGCACUACCUGCAUGACCUCAUUUAACCCUAACUUGAAGAUUGGAAUAUCUCCAACCUGUCCUAGUUACAAAAAUAAAUAAAUAAAUAAAUAAGUGAAAAAGCUUAUUCUGAUGAGACCACCAAGGGUAUGACUGAGUAACCCUUUGAUAAAUGGGUCCUGGGUGAGACCCCUGGGCUCAACCAGCCAUCUCAGCGGCAGAAGCCAGGAAUAGAGACAGGUCAUACCAGCAGAGACACUGCCACUUCGAAUGAAAGAGACAGAAAGAAAGAAGGCAGUUGAACUUGGAGUCUAUAAAAUGGAACCAUAGACAUAUUCUGUUGUGAACAUGAAUUAUUCUGAGGGCAGUUCAGAGGCCCCCAAGGCUGCCAUUCUUACCACAGACCUAGGGGCAAGGCUGUUUGCACACGCGUGGGUCUGCCUCUCCUGCUUCACGGGGCCAAGACCCCUGCCCUGUGCCUCAGGGAGUAGCCACAGGAGCAGCUGGGCCACCCUAAGCACCAAAAAGUGGGCACCCCGGCAGAGCCAUGAGGGUGAUACUGCCACCCACAUGGACCUACAGGGCAGAGCAUGGAGACAAAGAGGAUUAUUCUCCAGCUUUAAGGUCUAAAGGACUUUGCUUUUCCAGGUUUUGUACUUGCUUGGGACUCAGUUUUUUCUUCCCCAAUUUGGAAUGGGAUUGUUAUCUUAUGCCUGCCCAGCCAUCAUGUUCUGGAACACCUGACUUGUCUGCUUUCAUGGGUUCUUAACUGAGGGAGCUCUGGCCUCAGAAUGAAUCAUACCCCCUUUCUAACCCAUGAACUUAGAUGACAUUUGGACUUCAGGGUUGGUGCUAGAAUGAGUCAAGAUUUGGGGGGUUAUUAGGGUAUUAAUGUAUUUUGCAUGGGAAGGACAUAAAUUGGAGGGUGGGGGCAAUGGCAAAAUGCUGGGGAAUGAAUUGUGUUCCACCUCCUGAAAUUCGUAUGUUGAAAUCCUAAGCCUGACUAUAUGUGGAGUAAGGAUGUAAUUAAGGU